GUGCCGUGCGGCCGUGGAGGAGAGCCAACGCGGGCUGGAGGUGCAGGAGUGUGCUCGGUGGAAGCCUGGCCUGCUCGCGCUGCUCGAGGAGAUGGGGGCGCCCUCCCUCGAUGCGGCGCAUGCCUGCAUGGGCCCAGAGCGGGCGAAGGACGGCAGCACGGGACGCACGUCGCGGGUGUCGAGCGCGAGCGACAGGCUCUCCGUUCGGUUGGAGGCGCAGCAGGUCGUCGCGAGCGUGGAAAUGCUCUUCGGCGUGGGCAAGGGGCCGACGACGAGGACAGAGCGUUUCCCCAGCGCGUUCAUCGGGGCCAUGGAACGGCUGGUCCUACACGACGGCCUCGGGCCGUACCUGCGCGGGGUGGGUUCGUUUGGCCUCGUCAAGACGUGGGUGGUGCUGCGUUGCGACGACUGCAGCUGGCUCCCGCCGCAGCGCCUCGCUUUCGUGUGCGGAGGGCUGACG